CUCGAUAGAUGGUGUUAAUUCUAUCCGUAUGUCUGUUUGGGUGCCGCAGCACUCCAUAUAAAAAUUCAUAAUUUUAUUCUUUUUUUAACAAAGUAGAAUUGUUUACGUUACGGUAGAAUGUUAGCAGGUAAAUAGACUUGCCCAGUUAUUGUUUGGAUGCAAGAGGACAAUUUAGCAAUGCAAGAAUGGCUGAACGAAAAUUUAGUCGUGGCCUCAGAAAACCAGGCAUGGCAGCUCAGCUUAGAGAGUCAGUUUCUCAAGUUGUCAGAGAAACAGCAGUACAGAGCAAGCCCCAAAGGGCUGAACCCAUAGACUAUGAAGCUGUCCUGGCCAAAAAUCGUAUAAUAUUUAACAAUGAUCCUCACAGAGAGCUUCUUUUAUAUCCACCAGAGGAUGUCUCACAAAGCAAAAUGGCAAGAGAAUGCCGCACAACCAAGUCAACAGUACCAGAAGAAAUUCUUCUAAAUGAAGGCAGCUACUUCACACAGAAAUGUGCACAGUUCUACACAUGUGAUUGGUCCAUUGUUUCAUAUAAGUAUUGGACCUACAGUGGUAGCUGCCUUGAUUUGCCAAGGGUAGAAAAGCUCAGCUUACUUAGUGAUCCCAAGCAUGAAAUAGAUAUCGAAGGAGAUGCAGAUGACGAGAUCUUUUCCCCUGAUUCUCUACCAACUGUAGAGGGAUAUCUGCUUAAGGGACCUGAAGGAGCCACGGAGAAAAUGUUUGCCAACAUUGCGACGAAAUCAUUUAAACGCCGCUUUUGCAUACUUCGCCAAGAUAUUACUGGAUCAUAUUUUUUUGACAUUUGCAAGGAAGAUAAAAAACGAGAUGCUGCGCUUUCUAUAUGCCUUGAUGAAUGCGAAGAUAUUGUGGCGAAUAAAAGGAAAAAUAAGUUUGGAUUCCAGUUACGUCUGACAAAUCAACGGUCUUACGUGUUUGCAGCAAGUUCUGAAAGUGAAUUAAAUAAUUGGCUGGAAAAACUUUCUAUGGCGGUGCAAACCAGCAAGCAAUUUGGGGAAGACAGAAGAAGUUUGCCAGAUCCUGACCUUGCAUUGCAACCGUCUAAAGAUCCACCUUCUUAUGGUACUUUACGAUCGUUGGAGGCCUCCUUGAAUCCACAGCUGACGAAGUACGCACGUGAAACCGAAAUGUCUAUCAGCCUGGCAAGAAGAGAACACCGCAACCUUAUUUUUAAUCUAAGUCCGAUUCAAUCAUACCUUAGACCUAAUGAUACUUUAAUGCAAGCUGGUUCCAAAGUAAAGCCUUAUGAAGAAAACUUUGGUAAUCGUUUCUUUGCACGACUCGAGUCCAUUAAUUUCCGUUUGCAAGCUCCAAUCGAUGGCGACAAAGGACCGCUUGGCCAAGUUGAACCGUAUUUUAUAACAUUGGCGCUAUACGACUUGAAGCUGAAUAAGAAAAUUUCAGAAGAUUUUCAUUCUGACAUCAACCACCCGCUUAUAAAAGCAGCGAUACAGUCAAUGCAAUCUAAUUCCCACGAACUAAAUACGGUUUUUGACAUUCCAAGCGAUUGGCUUGCUUUUCCCAAACAGGCCAUUUUUAGUGUAAGGCAUUGUCACAACGAAGUGUUCCUAGUUGUCAGGAUAGAGACAAUCUUGCAAGGAUCAGUCGUCUCCUCUGCUGAACCUUAUGUAAGACCUAAUCCAGAUCUGAAAACCGGAUUAAAAGUACAAAAGUCGGCUCGUUCCUACUGUAGUAGGUUAGGCAGAUAUAGAAUGCCAUUUGCUUGGGCUGCCCGACCCUUAUUCCGUUCCUCGGGAGAACUUGAUACGAUAAGCGAUAUACCAACAAUAUAACGACAAGAACCACACCGUAAUUCUGAUGAAGAUUUGCUGAAAACCUUGAAUGAUUUUAGGAGACCCGAAAAAUUGAGCCGUCUGACAGUAAUUCCGGGGAAAAUCCGAAUCACAGUUGAUCAUCUUAAAGAAGCUAUACCAAAUAUGUUAAAUACGUCGCUGGUGCCCAUCAAACCAUUUCCACUGCCUCCUGUUCAGGAGCCUACAAUCGAAAUAGCUGAAUUUCCAUCUCCUCGUGUGGAAGAUGCAUACCCGUAUAUGAACUACGUAAAUCACUUGUACGUUUACCCAAGGAAUAUCAAGUAUGAUACACAAAAAACCUUUCAUCGUGCUCGUAAUAUUGCCUGCGUGGUUGAAUUACGAGAUUCUGAUGCUAAAGAUGCACAGCCAUUAAAGAACAUAUAUGGCCAAGUGGGACAGUUGCAGAUGGUCUCUCAAUGGGUUUGUUCGGUCUCUCACCACAUCACUUCGCCUUGCUGGAUGGACGAAAUAAAAAUUAACUUGCCAACUCCGCUGAAUAACAAACAUCAUCUGCUCUUUACAUUUCUUCACGUUUCCUGUGAUUUGAGCAAGCAAAAGAAAGAUCGUGAAAAUAAAGAACUUCUAGGUCCAGAGGUAGUUGUCGGCUAUAGUUGGUUGCCACUCAUGCAUAAAGGACGAUUGCGAGUAGAACAACAAUGCCUUUCCGUGGCAGCUCACCUCCCACCUGGUUAUUUGUCGUUCGAACCCCUGGGAUUAGGCAGAGGAUAUGCGGGGCCCGAGAUUAGAUGGGUUGAUGGCCAAAAACCGAUCUUUCAGGUUCAUCUAGAACUCGUGUCGACCGUCACUGCCCGUGAUCAACACCUGCACAAUUUCUUUCUUCACAUGGCGAAACUGAAUGAUACCCGUUCAAUUGCAUCCCUCUUUCCUACAGCUGCCGAGCUAGAUGCCCAUAAGCCGCUCGAGGCUCUACAUGCUGUUGAUGUAACCGAAGUAGUCCAUCACCUCCCCGUGGUUUUAAACCAAUUGAUGUGGCUCAUGGUCCGGAUCAAUAGCGAAGAGUUGUCGGUUAACGUUAUAAAAGUACUCAUCCAUAUCGUAAAUCAACUUCACGAAGUCGACAAAGCGACUAUUUUGGAUUCCUACUUAGAGUACGUAUUUGUUACGCCGACUCAGAGCGAUUCAGCAAACAAGGCUACAGUACAUGAAGAAAUGGUUAAAACUUUAUGCGUCCUUUUGCGACCUUCAAACACAGAUUUCUUAGUCAUGCACAAAUUCCUUCGUCACGCAAAUUUUUUUCUGAAACUUAUUACCCGCAGCAUGGCACAGCAUAUUCUAGAAAGUGGAAGGAUAAAAAUGCAGAGACAAGAGCGAUUCCAUAUGGAUUACAUGCGUAAUGUGGAGAGUCUCAUCGAAACCAUUUCACCGCACAUUCAAGUUAAAUAUAAAGAUUUGCCGGAUGAAACUCGUCAUGCCAACUUAGCUAUAGCUGAGUUUAUUAAGAAAUGUCUAUCUUUGAUGGAUCGAGGUUUUGCUUUUCGACUAAUCAGUAUUUAUUUGAACACAUUUCGACCGGAUGACCCCCGAGCUCUAUAUGAGCUCAAGUUUCAGUUCUUAGAGUCUAUUUGCUACCACGAACAUUAUAUCCCUCUCAAUUUCCCUCGCGCCCCUAAUUGGGCAGCCAUGCAAAAAAACAUGAAGGAAUUGGACGUAGAGUUCCGGCUUUGUGACUCCUUCUGCCGAAGCCAUUACCUAGCUGGAUUGAUUUUGCAAGAGGUCAGCUCUGCUCUGAACGAAGUGGCAGACAUUCGCAGAAUCGCGUUAAGGUGUCUGAAAGAUUUAUUAGCCAAACACGAGUUGGAUGAUCGCUACCAGAAUAAAGGUCAUCAGAGUCGAAUAGCAUCACUUUAUCUACCUUGGAUUUUCAUAGUACUUGAAAACUGGAAUAGGUUAAAAGUUUUGUCUUUGGAAUCCACGGUUCUACCCAGUUCGGCAGCCUCAACAAUCGGAUUUUCCAGUGUAGCGAGUCCUUCCGUGAAAACAGGAAAGUCACUUUCGCUACCAAGGAAUAUCAGACCCCCUGUUCAGACACCGAUGAGUUCGUGGAAACGACAUACAAGGACGGGAACCCCUCUGUCUCAGACGUCGUCACCUGUCCGUUCUGAAUUCAACUCUAAUCGCAAUUCUUCAUAUUUAGCCAUCAUUGCUGGCCAAGGAGUACCAUGUUCCAGUAGUCGAGCAACGUUGACCAAUGGUGGCUCAGUAGGUAGCCUCGGUGAAUCCGACAGUUCUUCGACGAUGUCGAUCGAAACUUCCGUUCGGGAGUCACCGGAGAACGAAAAAAAUAUUACUCUAGUAAUCUCACGGGAAUCCACCGAUGCAGAUAAAGCUGAUAGAGACAAAAUUAAGACACAUUCAAGGAGUACAAGUGUUGUAAUGUCCAAUGCACCAGUUAUCCGUUACGACAAGUUACAACCGGAUGAAGUAAAGGAAGUGUUACUGUGCCUAAUGUAUGUCCUCAAACACGCCGACGAAGAAGCCUUAAUUGCCUGGUGGCAUAAUGCCUCGCAACAUGACCUUAUUUGUUUUUUCCACAUUCUGGAACUGAGCUUGCGGCAGUUCAAAUAUAUGGGAAGAAAACGUUUUGGAGUAAUUGGUGAUGGUAGUUCCUCUAAAUCCUCAACUCUUCCACCUCGGGUUCCUCCACCAGUUUUUGGAUCCAGACCAUCCACUUGCUACGAACCGGACAGCGGAUCAUGCUCUGAUGGAGAUAGCACGUACCGGUCUUUAUUGGAAUCCAAUUUAACAAUCGAGGUUGGCCUUAUAGUCCUUGAUGCAGUUGGCCUUUUUUGCCUACACUUUAAGGAGGCACUACUGAGUGACGAUGGAGAUAAUCCCUUAAUGAGAAAAGUUUUAGACAUAUAUCUGUCGUUCCUCCAGAUCGGCCAAUCAGAGAGUCUUGCGAAGCAUGUUUUCGCAGCACUACGAGCAUUUAUCAACAGCUUUCCUCUUGCACUUUAUCAAGGUAACGCUUGGCUUUGCGGCCGCCUGUGCUGUGAGCUUUUGCGAUGCUGUGCUAGUAAACUGUUGAUGGUGCGACAAGAGGCCUGUGCUGUCCUUUAUUUGUUAAUGCGUAGCAACUUCGAAUUCAGUGGGCAAAAAGCCUUGACACGGGUUCACCUUCAGGUGAUCAUUUCCGUAUCUCAGUUGCUUGGAGAAAUUGGUGGCUUAAAUAGUAGCCGCUUUGGAGAGAGUCUCAACGUUAUUAACGGAUUCGCCAGUAGUGACAAAGCAAUGCAAUCCACUGUGUUUCCCGGUGAAGUUCGUGAUUUGACGAAGAGGGCACAGACGGUGCUCAGGGCAACCCUGCAGAUGCGCCAACAGGCUCAAGACCCUGAACUUCUUAUUGAUCUUCAGCAUAGUCUAGCGAAUUCGUAUUCUGCCACUCCUGAAUUGAGAAAAACUUGGCUAGAAACGAUGGCUCAUCACCAUGCCCGCCUGGGCAAUUGGUCAGAAGUGGCUCAGUGCCGAAUUCAUGUUGCAGCCCUUAUAACUGAAUAUUUGUACCGCCGAGGUUUCCGACAACAGGGAUGCGAAACAUUUAGUUCCUUGUCACCCAAUAUUGUUCAAGAUGAGAGCAACCUUCGUUUAGACACAGGUAUUCACGAUACCCAGUACGACGAAGCUAUGUUGCUUGAACAGUUGGAAGAAUGUAGCCGUGCAGUGGAGAAAGCCGAACGCUACGAAAUGCAACUGGAAAUCUAUCGACUAAUUCUACCAACAUACGAAAAACAACGAGACUAUGUGGCAUUGUCGGAGUGUUUUAGUGUUCUUUCACAAGCAUGUUCUCGAGCCACAGAAGUCAAUCGAACAGGGAAAAGGUUGCUUGGCACCUACUACCGAGUUGCGCUCUAUGGAAAGGCCCGAUUCGGAGAUGAAGCUUGUACAGAAUACAUCUACAAAGAACCGAAAGUUACCAGUUUGUCCGAAAUUGCGGAGCGUCUGAAUAAGAUGUAUUGUUCGAAAUUUGGCGCGGAGCGGGUGAAAUUAGCUAUGGACUCAAAUCCAAUUGAAGAUAAGGACAUGGAUCCGCAGAUGGCGUAUGUGCAAAUUACACAUGUCCUGCCUUAUUUCGAGGAAAAUGACUUGGCAGAUCGUGUCACUGAAUAUGAACGCAACCACAACAUAAAUCGCUUUAUGUAUGAAAUACCUUUUACUACCGAUGGGCGAGUAAGAGGAAGCCCUGAAGACCAAUGUAAGAAACGGAUUAUUUUGACCACCCAGUACUGCUUCCCUUACAUAAAGAAACGACUACGAGUUAUCCAACGCGAAUCUUACGAUCUCUCACCGAUUGAAGUAGCUUUGGACGAAAUGCGUGCACGAGUUAAGGACGUUGCAGAAGCAGUGCGUACAGUGCCCACUGAUCUGAAGAAGCUGCAGUUACGCCUACAGGGAAGUAUCAGUGUACAGGUUAAUGCAGGCCCACUGGCUUACGCAUCAGCAUUUCUUGUUCGUAACAUCCAGAACUAUUCGGAUGAACAAGUCCAGCAAUUACAAGAGCUUUAUAGGGACUUUGUGCAUAUAUGCGGGGCUGCGUUAGAGCUAAAUGGGAAGCUAAUCUUACCAGAUCAGCGGGAAUAUCAUGAAGCUCUACGCGUAAGCUUUCGAGAAUUGGUGAGUUCGUUGGGCGAUAUUCUUGAUGACCCAUCACUCUACAGAGACUGGGACGGACUGAAUAGUUUGAAUCCAUUCAUUAAACGAAAUUCAGUGUUGGUUUUCUCUACUGGUGGCAACUCUACGGAUGCUUGAAUUCUUCAACUUUGAGCAGUCUCUUUUGCUGUUUUCUCCUGAAGCAAUUACGGUUGCAUUCGACACCAGGCCCUUUUUCUCGAGAACAUUACGUUAGUAAGUAAACUCUUCUUCCUGUUCCACUCUGUAAUUGUUUGUUGGAGACCUAUGGCCACAUUGGAAUCUCACUUUUAGGACUGCGUUCAGUUCUAGUAGGUGUAAAUCCUGAUACAGAUCUUUGAAUUCCGUCGCAAUACUCCUUUAGGCAGUCGUUUUCCGAAGGAACAUCACACACACCCGAAUUGAAUAGGUUAAUAUCUCUUCGACUAAUGUAUAAAUGAUUUCACCUGAUCCCUAAACUUUUUCUCGACUUCACGGACACCGAGAUACAGUUGUAUCUGUAUAGUACCUUUGUGACGUUGUUGAUUUUCUAGAAUACAUCUGUUGACCCAAA